GAAACGUCAAAUCUAGCGAGAUUACGUGAUGCAGAAUAUCAGUCAAGAAGAGUUAUACGAAAUACAACGCGAAAUAAUAAUAGAGUAAUCGUAACAUCAUAUCAGAUUAAAAUUACACCCUAAUUUCAGAAUGCCAGUAGCACCCGGAAAUAUUUAUGGGCAAAAUCAGCAGCCUUCUUGCUUUGAUCGCAUGAAAACUGGAUUUGUCAUCGGUUUCUGUGUGGGAAUGGCUAGUGGUGCUUUGUUUGGUGGAUUUUCUGCUUUGAGAUACGGGCUACGCGGAAGAGAAUUGAUAAACAGUGUUGGAAAGGUGAUGGUUCAAGGCGGAGGUACUUUUGGAACAUUUAUGGCAAUUGGAACUGGCAUACGGUGUUAAAUUUCCAUUAAUGCUUUGUAACAGUUUAUCAGUACAGAGAAAAUAAAUGGCUUUUUGAAAACUGA